ACAACAUUAACCCUAACAACAACAACAAACCAACCACCGUCCAACCUCACCUCCCACCACAAUUAUGCCUACCAUUCGCAAAGUCGCCAUCUUCGGAGCAUCCGGCAACUUUGGCACCCCAAUCACAGCAGCCUUGCAACGCGCCGAAACCUUCGCCAUCACCAUCAUCACCCGCCCCGAGUCCACCUCCACAUUUCCCCCUGGUCUCCCCAUCAUCCGGACCCCUUACACCCUCGCCGACCUGACCACCGCUCUGACCGGCCAAGACGCCGCCAUCUGCGUCGUCGGGCCCGGGGGCAUCCCCGCGCAAGCCACCAUGGUCGAAGCCGCUGCAGCGGCGGGGGUGCAACGGUUCAUCAUCGACGAUUUCGGCUGGGGCCAUAACCCCCACAGCCUGCCGGAGUUCAGCGCCAUCCACGCGCAGCGCCGCGUGGGGUGGGAUCUUGCGCAACGAAAGGCACGGGAGAACCCCGGGUUCACGUUUACGGGGAUCACGACGGGGAAUCCGAUUGAUUGGGCUAUGAAAAGAUUCCCUAUGAUGGGCUUCGACAUCGCCCGCGCGGCGGCUAUCAUCUACGACUCGGGCACGGAGAGGUUCUCCGGUACCACUCUGGCGGGGAUCGGGCAGGCGGUGGUUGGGGUGCUCCUGCAUCCGGAGGAGACGGCGAACCGCUUCGUCAAGGUUCUCUCGAUUGUCACGAAUCAGAAUGAGCUGCUGGGGGCCUUUCAGCGCGCUAGUACGGGUCGGCAGUGGACGGUGCAGCGCGACUCGGCGCAGCGGUUGAUGGAGAGUGGGCACCGGAAAUUCCAGGAGGGAAAUGGUAUGUGGAGGCUGGAGUUGGUGGUCGCGCAGAUGUUCGACGAAGGGCAGGCCCGGUGUGUUGUGGCGCCUUCAUGGUCGGAAUCGGACUCGCCCUUGUUGGGGGUGGUAGAAGAGAGUGCAGAUGAGGUGGUGGCUAAGGUGCUGCAGGGGUAGAUUUGAA